GACUCAGUCCAACAAAUCUCACGAUUCUUUCACCUUAAUCAAACUCUGCAACCACCCUUCUCCUUUCCCAUGCUCUCCCCUUUUUCUCUUUCUUCUCCAUUGGAAAAGAGAGGGAGACAAAGAGGCUCCCAGUCUCACCUCACCUCACCAUGCUGUUGAAGUCCGUUAACACCUUGGCUAUUGCAACAAUGCUGGGUUUUGCAUUCCUCAUCCUCCUCUUCUUCAGCUUCUUCCAAUACCCAUCUGCAUCCACUUCUAUACCAUCCCUUAACAUGUCCACUUUCCUGAAUCAUCACUCUUCUGACCCCUUCAGGGACCUCUUGGGGGCAUUCAAGAAGUGGGACUCUCAAGUGGGUUGUUCCAGCUUCAGAGAAACCCACAAGGGAUUGAUAAAAAACGGGUCUUCUUCUUUGCAAGACGUUGAUGGUGAUCUGGACUGCGGGGUGCUGCAGAUGCGUCAUGUUGAGAUUUUGGUUAAAGGGUGGACUUGGAUUCCUGAUAAUUUGGAUAAUCUGUAUUCAUGCCGAUGUGGGUUGAGCUGUUUGUGGACCAAGUCUUCGGUUCUUGCUGACAAGCCUGAUGCUUUGUUGUUUGAGACCACCACUCCUCCACUUCAGAGACGCAAUGGAGAUCCACUUCGAGUAUACAUGGAUCUUGAGGCGGGUAGGAAGAGGUCAGGAGUCGAGGAUAUAUUUAUUAGCUAUCAUGCCAAAGAUGAUGUACAGUCCACCUAUGCUGGUGCACUCUUUCAUAAUAAUCGAAAUUAUCAUGUCUCUUCUUAUAAAAACAAUGAUACCCUUGUAUACUGGUCUUCAUCACGGUGUCUUUCUCAAAGGAACCAGCUUGCCAAGAAUCUACUCCGCUUGCUGCCUCACCACUCAUUUGGCAAGUGCUUGAAUAAUGUUGGUGGCCUAGACAUGGCACUUUCCCUCUACCCUGAGUGUGCCAAUAAUGCCAAUGAAGCCCCCAAAUGGUGGGACCAUCUACAUUGUGCCAUGUCUCACUACAAGUUUGUCCUCGCAAUUGAGAACACCAUGACCGAGAGUUAUGUGACUGAGAAGCUAUUUUAUGCUCUAGACUCUGGUGCUGUUCCCAUCUACUUUGGAGCCCCAAAUGUUUUAGAUUUUGUCCCACCACAUUCUAUAAUAGAUGGGACUAAGUUCGGGUCCAUCGCGGAAUUGGCUGCUUAUGUGAAGGCCCUUGCUAAUGACCCUGUUGCCUAUGCGGAGUACCAUGCAUGGAGGAGAUGUGGGGUGCUGGGUAACUAUGGAAAGACCCGUGCGGCAAGCCUGGACACAUUACCUUGCCGGUUGUGCGAAUUUGUGAGCAGAAAAGGUGGGAGAAAUGCAAGAGCCUUGUGACGUUUUGGUGUUGUGUACCUGAUUAACAGGUUUUGGUCCUUGAGUUCCUGGGGUUGUUGAAGUUUAAGUACACUCAAGGAUGACAUAUUGUGUAAAGGAAUAGGAACAGAUUAUAGAGUUGAGAGAGAUGCUAAUUCUGAAAGCAACCCAACUGGAAUUUAUUCAAAUUACCAUUGUUUCCAUUUGUUUCUCUA